AUGAAACUGUUCCUGCACAAUAUACUAACAUCCAGAGUGCUGAAAUCUGUCAAAGUAGGCUACCCAUUAGGAUUAAAGGUGAAACCAAUCGACUUCGACCCGACAUACGUAUCUCGCCUGAUUCCCAAAGUUGAAUGGAGCGUUGUGAAAAAGGUGGCCGAUGAAAUUGGUGUGGAUCACAUUCCUAUCUUACCCGGUGAACUUCCACCGGAUUAUGCGGAAAACGAGGAGUUUCUCAAACUCGCUCAUCGAGCCUUGUUGGAAGUGGAUAUUAUUGAAGGCACUUUGGUGUGUCCAGAAACAGGACGUGAAUUUCCUAUUUCAAACGGUAUUCCUAAUAUGCUGGUUAAUGAAGGCGAAUAG